AUGCCAACACAAGGCAUUGUCGACACCAAUUUCUGUCCUUGUACUGUUUGUUUGCGUGUCUUUGUCUGGAAAGUCCUCAGUGGUCAAAGAGAGAUUAUUCUAUUGCACCCAUGCCUCAGAAAGAAGAACGAUGUCAAGUGGCCGCGCGGACCAAGUGUUUUGUUGGCAUGCUGUUGGUAUGAGAAGGGCGACGCAUCACUGUCAGAACAAUGCCUUGUUCAAUCAGCAUGA